AUGUGCGUCGGGAGCCAGUCGCUUUGGAUGGUUGCGAAAGCCAAACUGGACAACGAUGACCAGAACCUGCUUUCCUUCGACAGCGACAACGAUAUCAAGAAAUCUGGGGAAAAUGAGCUUGACAUAUUGGAGAGUCUUGAGCGAACAACCCGGGAAGCAUACGACACAUGCAUCCACAAGAGAUGGAAAAUCACCAUCCCGGGAAAAGGGAAGAAGAUUAUACUUCGUGACCUCUUGAACAAAGUCGUGCACUGGAUUGAGCUAUUCAAAUCAGUGGGCGACCAAGUUGUGCAGUAUGACCCUGGCCACGCUGCCUUACCGUGGGCUGGAGCUCGGUUUUUGUUGCAGAUUGCUAUCAACGAUUUCAGCAAAUUCGAUUUCGUUGUGCAGGGUGCGGAAAGAAUCGCCAAAAUGACGGCGAGGUAUAGGAUCAUCGAACAGAUUUACAUUCAAAAACGCUCCGCUGCUGCAGAACAACUUGAGCAGGCAGUUGUGAGCGUGUAUAGCUUGAUCCUCAAAUAUCUUGUCGAAGCCAAGCGCUAUUUUGAACAGCGAACAGGAGUGCGACUGUUUAAAAGUGGGCUUCUUGGCCAUGAUGAUUUCCAGGGUCUCUUGGACAAAAUGGAAGCGGGCGAGAGAUGGGUAGACCGGUGCGCGAGCUUGGUUCAAGGUGAGAUAAACAACGACAUUGCCUCUCAUCUUGCAACCUUGUCGCUAGAGACAGCGACCUUCAAUUCACUGCGAUAUACGCUCAGUCGGAUGGAACAGCCAAUCUCACAGGUGUUCUUCCACUUGAACAGAGUUGAAGAUCAUCUUGAUAGUCUACAGCGACGACAGAUGUUAGACUGGUUAUCUACUCAGCCGUAUCUUGACCACCACACCACGAUCAAACUUCGGGUCUUGGAUGGCACAUGCAGAUGGGUUCUGGAACAUGCAAGUUUCACUGAAUGGAAAGGCGAAAGCACAAACUCGCUGCUCUGGCUUCAUGGUUCUCAGGGUGCGGGCAAAAGCUGCUUGGCAUCGAUGGUCGUUGAUGAUGGCAUAAAUGUCUCCCGCCAGAUUGCAAACUUUGCCCACGCCUAUUUUUAUUGUUCUCGCAACACUGCGGAGCCCCAACGUGCAAACGCACAGAGUAUUCUCGGAUGUAUUGCGCGUCAACUUUCCAGCCACUCUUCAAACCAACCCCUUGCUCCCCCGACAUUUUCUCUUUACAAGAAAGUACACCUGGCAGAUGGUUCCACGAGAGCUCCUACUCUACGGGAAUGCCGCGAUUUAAUUAUUGGACUGACAGAAUCCUAUUCCCGCACCACUUUUGUGAUAGACGCUCUGGACGCGUGCGGUAGGGAGGAUCGAGCUGACCUCAUCGAGGCACUGGAGUAUAUUAUCGACAACUCCCCGAGUCUUGUCAAGGUCUUUGUCACUUCGCGCGAAGAGAGUGACUUGAGGUUAUCUAUCCAGGCGCAUUCCGGGGUUCAGGUGACGUGGGUAGAGAAUGGGGCCGAUAUCGAGAAAUUUGUGAAUUUUGAAACGGACAGGCUUGUUGCAAAGAACCAGCUACUUGCCUCUAUCCGAAUCAAAGCAACAAAAGAGAAUUUGAAGGCGUUGAUCAAGGAAGACACUAUUUCCAAGGCCAAUGGGAUGUUCCGUUGGGCCCAGUUACAGCUGCAGAGUCUUCGGUGGAUUCGUACGGAGAAGGACAUUCGAUUUGCUAUGUCGAAGAUCCCGCGCCCACUCAGCGAGCUAUACGAGGACCUCCACACGAAGGCACUUGAAGAAACCGAAGAAACAGACCGUGCUUUGUUCCAAAACACGUUGAGAUGGAUGUUAUGCACGAGGCGGGUUUUGGGCUGGGAAGAUUUCUCCCAAGCUAUCACGAGCUUUGUGGACAUCGAUAUACACGAGAUCGAUGAAGACUUCAUCUUGGAUCUUCUCAGCAAUUUCGUGAUCUCUCAAACAAACCAAGAAGGGGAUCGCACCUUCCGUUUCGCCCGUCUGUCGGUGCGAGAGUUUUUAGAAAAUAAGCCUGAGUACUCCGCCGAAGUUAGCAACACCUUCACCGUGGAGGUGUGUUUAUUAAAAUCGCUUGGAGCUUCCGGAUCGCCCAGCGCAGAACAAUUCCUCGGCAGACUAGGCCUCAGCGAUGAAGGUACCGUAACUUUGGCAGAGAUCGACUCUUACAAGAAAGGCAUACAUGACUACUCCUUGCGAAAUUGGUAUGUACACUGUGUGCAUGCUGGCGAAGCAAAUCGAUCAAACGAGGAACUGCACCUCUUUCACCUCCUGCGCUAUUUUCUCUUUGAUGAGUCGGAUCCGAACUGUCCACUAAAGUGUUGGGUACGUUCUCGUCAGCGGCGCAAAAUGGAAUCCUUACACGGAUCCCACCUUCUUGGGCUGCUACGGAAUUACCAUCGACCUCGAGACCUAGCAUUUUUACUUUCGUGUGUCUUCGGCUUCGGCGAAAUUCUUCGCAUCGAUCAGUAUCAUGAGCUCGAUGAUGACGUCAAAGAAGCGUGUAUCCUGGCAGCCACGAUGCACGCCCAGUAUCAUAUCUUGGAGCAUUUGAUGGCAGGACCAAAGGUCCCAUUAUUGCAAAAGCGCAUUUUGAGUACUCUAGUCCAGAAUGGUCACGUUAAGCCGCUUCAAUGGUUCUUGAGUCUCACCGAGCCUGACCUGAUUACCGGGUCGACCAUUGUGGAAGCGGGGGAAGAUACGGAAAUAAUCGAGCUGUUGCUUGAUCAUAACACAAAUCUUCACAUUACGACGGAGCUCAUUGAACGAUGCAGUUCAUACAGGACGGUUGAAACACUUCUCAGCCGAGCCCCCGACGUCGUAGUCACUUCUACGAUACUCAAGAAUGCUAUAGACAAUAUGCCCAUUGAACGCCUGAGAGAAAUCCUUGACAAGAAUGGUGGAUCGAUUGUUACAUGUGACACUAUCGCGUGGGCCUGCCAUUGUGCGGCUUUUGUAGAAGGGAUGCGACCAAAGAUAGAGCUUAUGUUGGAACGUGGUGGCCAGAUCAAAUGGACCGAGAGAGUAAUGUUGCAUGCUAUUGCCAAUAACGGAGACUCUGAGCUGCAACAAGGGGAAAGAGCUGCUGCUUUCGGGCUCUUGCUCAAGGCUGGGGGCGUAAUUACGUCCGAAGUCAUAGUUGGCGGAGCCCGAAAUAUUUAUGACGGGCCUCGAAUGGUCAAGCUCCUUGUAUCGUUGAUGAACCGACCAUUAGACAAUGAGUUGUGGGUCCAGAUGAUGCUGCAAUGUGCUCAGAAUACAUGGGGAAAUCCGGAAACCCUUCAAACGCUCCUGGAAAUGAAACCUGGUCUGAAUGUUCCAGAAGAGGUCUUAAUCGCUUUCACGGAAAAUUCCAUCAAAGGGAACAUUACACUGGAUGUCAUGCUUGAAGACAACCGUGAGAUGCAGAUUACCGAUGCGGUGAUCGUGAAUGCAUUAAAGAAGUUGGACUAUGACAAAACCAUAUCGAAACUUCUCGACCGACACGGCUCAACGAGGAUUUCAAGCCAGAUGCUUCUUGGAGCUGCUCAAAAUUGUCAAUUCGGAGACGAAAUGACGAAGCUUUUAUUGCAGCGCACUGCAAUGAUUGAGAAACCAUCCUCGACGGUUGUUGAUGCAGCCCUCGGUAAUCGGUAUUCGGGUUAUGAAACACUACAGAUGCUCGAGACCGCCGCGGCCAAGGGGAGCUUAGAUGUCAUGAAGCACCUUUUGAAACUAGAGAACGCUGUUGUUACCGAAGAGAUUCUGAUUGCGGCAUCAGGAAAUCUCGGCUGUAGCAUUGACAUGCUCAAGCUGCUUUGGAAUUUUGCACCACACAUCAAAGUGUGUCCUGGGAUAUUUCUGAAUGCUGCCGACCCCGUCCUUUGGAGGUCUGCGCAUGUUGAGUAUCUCUUUUCGCGGGUGAAAGAUUCCAAAACGUGCCAGGAUCUUCUGGAGGCAGUGAUGACAGCAAAAGACAGUCAGAACGAUUGGAUAUCUGGUAUUGUUCUGGAAUACAUCCUUGAGAGCGAGUUUGACAUUGAAGUGACCGAUGAACUUGUAAUCGAUGUCUUAAAAGCAGGCAGGGGACGGCUCUUGAAGAUUUUCUUUGACCACGCGAUAGAUAUUGAACUCUCACAGGAUAUGGUGAACAUAGCAGUACAGCUAGAGGACUACUGGGCCCUACUAGUGUUGGUCGAGCAUGGGAACUCAGGUGAAUUGAACCUGCAGGAGGCAAGGAUUAUCAUCGACAAUACACGUUUGAACGAGGAGUGA